CUACAAAGUCGUCUCUUCCUCUAUUUGUUGGUUUUUUUUCUCACAAAAAUGUUGUUCUUCUCUAUACCUCAGUUUUUCAUCACAACAUGGAUCAUAGUAGUAUCAUUGCAGAGACAUGGAUAUAAAAGUUGCAUCGAGAAGGAAAGAAAAGGAUUGUUAGAGCUCAAUGCCUAUGUCAACUCGCGGUAUGAUUGGCCUAAUGACACGAACAGCGACUGCUGCGAAUGGGAAAGAGUCAAGUGUGAUCUGUCAAGUGGUCGUGUGAUUGGCCUCUUCUUGAAUGAUACAUACACCGAUCGUCCCCUACUAAAUCUUUCAUUGUUCUAUCCUUUUGGAGAAUUAAGGACUCUAAACUUAUAUAAUUUCGAAUGUACAGGCUGGUUCGAUGAUAUCCAUGGUUAUAAAAGUCUUGGGAGAUUGAAAAAACUUGAGAUCCUGGAUUUGGGUAACAUGGUCAAUAACAGUGUUUUACCAUUUCUGAAUGCUGCUUCCUCGCUUAAAACUUUGAUUCUUCAUGGAAACUAUAUGGAAGGUCCAUUCCCAAUGAAAGAACUAAAAGACUUGAGAAAUCUAGAACUGCUGGAUCUAAGCGGGAACUUUCUUAUUGGCCCAGUGCCAGAUAAAGACUUGGCGGAUUUGCAUAAGCUCCAAGCUUUGGAUUUAAGCGUGAUAACAAGAUUUUACAAGCUGUUUGAAUCAAAGAUCCUAAAGCACUGUAUAGUUGUAGUAUAGGUGUAAGAGGUGUCAAUCCAGCUCCGGUUGAUGAAAGAACAUUAAGAAUGCAAGAGCUAAGUAAAUCUAAGUGAAAUCGGAUAAAUAGAGGAGUAAAUCAAUAAAAACUAAAUACAACAACCAAAUGACUACGCAAACUAUUUUAGAAUCACUACUGAAGGGUUAAACAACUACUAGAUGACUUCU